AUGGAUCGAGCCACAACAUCGGCCUCUUCCGAAGGCGAAUAUAGGUUUAAGGUUGUAUUACUUGGCGAGGGUGCCGUCGGAAAAUCGUCGCUGAUGCUUCGCUAUGUAGAGAACAAAUUUUCUCCAACGCAUUCUAGUACGAUACAGGCUUCAUUUUUAUCAAAACGAAUCGACCUCGGGGACCGGCACGUCGACCUGGACAUUUGGGACACGGCAGGGCAAGAGAAAUAUCACGCGUUGGGGCCGAUUUAUUACCGCGGCAGCAACGGGGCCCUGCUCAUUUACGACAUUACCGAUCAACGGUCGUUUGAAAGGGUAAAAGUUUGGGUCCGGGAACUCCAACGAGCGCUGGGAGAUACAGCUGUUCUGCUCGUGGUUGGCAACAAGCUUGAUCUGGACAAGGAGCGGACGGUGCCGAGGGCGGAAGCUGAACAGUACGCAAAGAGCGUCAACGCCGAGUACUUGGAGACGUCCGCCAAGGAGAACAUUGGCAUUGCUGAUCUUUUUGAACGGAUUUCGGCUUUGAUGGUGGACCACGUCGAGAAGCAGCGUAGCGCCCAAGUCCACACGACCACCUUCACCACGUCUCGACGAGGCAUCCAACUUGUCGAUGAACCGCAGCAGCGCGGUUCUCGCUGUUGCAAA